AUGGAGCCCCGAGCAACUGCCGCAAAGGCUGGAGGCAGCACCGGACUGCUUAUGGACUUGGCAGCCAACGAGAAGGCUGUGCAUGCUGACUUCUUCAAUGCUUAUGCUGCUCAACCCCAGAGGCGAAAGGCUUCCCUGGUAGGACACCCUGCCAGGAACCCUGCGAGGAACACAGGCGAUUAG